UAUCCCCUUAGCUUAGCUUACGAGCUGUGAGCUAAAUCGCUGCUAGCUAGCAAAGCUAUCAUGUGUAGAGAAAUGAGCGAUAGUUGGCUUUCGCUAGCGUAUAGCUAGCUAGCUAGCUUACGUUCAUUUAGCAGGACAACAAUUGCUACUGUUUCAUUGACUGCGCAAUCGAUUCAAGAGGUGCGAAUAACAAUAGACGUAUUAUUUAAGAUGAGGGGGGAAAAGCGUUAUGUUUGAAAGAUAUGUGUAGCAGGCAGCUAGCGACAUGCCUCUGGGGCUAGUAACGAUGUAACCAGUGUGUACUGUGAAAGCACGUCAGGUUGGUGGUCGAGCGGACUGUCACACAUCCUGCUAACGGUGUGCGGUUAACUACUACUACGGUACUGGAACAUAAAGUUAGGCUGUAACAGUUAACCGUGUCAGUGUGCAGUCCUCCUUGCCAAGGAAGGAGAGGCACCAGGGACCAUGAGUGAGAAUGGCCCUCAUACAGAGGCGCCAAUGUACUUUGAGGUGGAAGUGGAUCCGUUGGGAAGGGAUGACGAAGAAGAAGAAGUCAAGAUCCACUUUGACAAAGACGAUGACCUGAUCCCUGAGCCUUCGUCGUCCUCUGGUCGGGUGUACGACCGCACCACAGUGCUCAUUGAGCGGGACCCCAUCCGCCUGGAUGAGGAGGGUGAAGAGGAGGGUCACUGCGGCGGGGACGAAGAUGGGGUCACCUUCCUUACAGAAGAAGAAGGUGAUGGAGAUGAGGAGGAGGGCUCAAUUACAUUCAUGACUGAUGCUGACGGCAUGUCACAGGGUUAUGUGCACCAUACCAUUUCUCCAGACCAGAUCCAGUUCACAAUAAAUCCAGGCUCCACCCCAAUGCCACGCAACAUUGAGGGGGCCACGCUCACCCUGCACUCCGAAUGCCCAGAGACGAAGCAGAGAGAGGUGAAGCGCUACCAGUGCAUGUUUGAAGGUUGCACAAGGACGUACAGCACGGCAGGAAACCUGCGGACACACCAGAAGACUCACCGGGGCGAGUACACCUUUGUUUGCAAUCAACAAGGCUGUGGAAAGGCCUUCCUCACAUCUUACAGCCUCAAGAUCCAUGUACGCGUUCACACGAAGGAGAAGCCGUUCGAGUGUGAUGUGCAAGGUUGUGAGAAGGCCUUCAAUACGUUAUACAGACUGAAAGCACACCAGAGACUUCACACAGGCAAGACAUUCAAUUGUGAAUCAGAGGGAUGCACAAAGUACUUUACCACACUCAGCGACCUGAGGAAGCACAUUCGCACACACACUGGGGAGAAGCCAUUCCGGUGCGACCACGAUGGCUGUGGCAAAGCCUUUGCAGCAAGUCAUCACCUAAAAACGCAUGUACGGACGCAUACAGGGGAGAAGCCAUUCAACUGUCCCAGUGACGGCUGCGAGAAGACGUUUAGCAGCCAGUACAGUCUGAAGAGUCACAUCCGAGGCCAUGACAAAGGACAGGCCUUCAGCGUCACCCUCACCCAUCCUCCCUCUGAAGAUGCAAAUCACUCGCUGUGCCUCAGUGACUUGAGCCUCAUCUCUACAGACUCAGAGCUGCGAGAGAACAUCCAUAAUGCUCAAAAUUUGGACCUCAACAAUGUGACCCCGGUGAAAAUCUUUGAGCUCAUGUUCCAGAGUCCUGAAAAUAGUGUCAGCCAAGAUGACGCGCAUCUCCACGAGAGCCUUGCUGAACGAUUCAGCCUAGAGACCUCUAACCGACCAGGAGUGACAGAUGCCUCAGCUAUCAUCUCUUUCUCUAUCAAUCCUACCUCCUCAUCUUCCUGUUCCCACUUGACUGCAGUCAUGGAGGCUCCUACCCAGCUCAGUCAGAGCUCUUCCUGUCAGACCACCACCCCUGCCUCUGUCACUGCUACUGUAAGCUCCACUCAGCCUCCCCCUUUCGUGCAACUAACCCAGCCUCAGCAGAUCUCUGAUGUGCCUGCUCAGGCUUCUGUCCAAGCUCCAAACCACGUCACCCCACAGCACUAUGUUGCACUGCCACCUACAUUCCUGCAGCCAGAUAGUGCCACCCAGACCACUCCUCUACCACCUCCACCUCCAGUGGCUCCAGUACUGACCACCACAGCACCAGGCACUGCUGCUGUGCCUGUUGUUGCAGCCACCACAGUAGAUGCUCCAGCAGCUGUGGCCCAACCUGUGCCUUUGGCCAACAACCCUGUCCCAAACUCUGGCCCUGCUUUGCCUCCCACGCCUGCCACCAUCACCAUAGCACCCACCCAGAACCUGCUGCAGCCCAGCCUGGUCAUGUCUGACCAGAACCUCCAGUGGAUCCUCAGCAGUGCUGCCAACAGCCAACAGAACCCAGAGCAAGCAGCACAUCAAGGAGGUCCUAAAGUGGAAAAAGUUUUCUUCACUACAGCCAUACCAGUGGGAGCAAACGCUGGCAACUCGGUCCAACAGAUUGGCCUCAGCCUGCCCGUCAUCAUCAUCAAACAGGAGGAAUCCUGCCAGUGCCAGUGUGCCUGCAGGGACUCUGCUAAAGACAAGAGUUCAAAGAGUGCCUCCUCCAUUGUUUCAGCCCCAGCACAGCCGCAACCAUCAGAGCCCCCUCCUCCUCCACCACCAUCGCAGCCCCCAGAUCCUCCACACCAUCCAGGCACCUCGUCUCCUUCAUGCCUCCCUGAGUCUUCCUCCAAGGUGGGUGAGGUGAGCCCGGAGGCCCCCUCUUCCUCCUCCUCCUCCUCCUCCUCCUCCUCUUCCGCCUCUGCCUCUUCUUCUUCUUCUUCCUCCUCCUCAGCUCAGACUUUCUCCAGGAUAGUGAGCGGCACUGCCCCCACCCCUCCCUCAUCUGACGGGUUAGCCAAUAUGGAUGUCUCGGACUUCCUCGCCCUGCAGAGCCCUGAGACAGCUGCCAACAUUGAGGCUCUGCUGCUGGUCGCUGAUGACUUCAACAUGGCCACUGAUGGCAAUUCUUAGAAGACCUGCCUUCCGAGUCUGGCGCCGUGUGUUUGUCUGUUGCACCCACUCAUCCACAGGCAUCAAUUCCACCCACAUCUCGAGUCAUUCUGCACAGCGACGCCUCUUCUUUCUCCCUAUAUAGUGUGCGCAUCGAACCCCCUGUACCUGCAGUGCAUUCUGUCACCAACUAUGAAUAAUUCUUCUGUUGAGUUCAUUGCAGUAGUUUUUAAAUACAAGACUAGUUUGCUUAUUGAGAUUUAUCAAUUUUGAUGCAGAGAAAAGACAGUAGAUCGUUUUGUUCUAAUCAAACUGUAAAUAAUGACCCUCGAUAUCCAGUCUGAAUUGAUUGAAUGAAACAAAUGAGUGUUGUCCAAGCACUGAUAACUUAAGAGUAGGAAAACAAAACUUGUCUGUAUAUCCUUGUACUGUACUACAGGUCCUAACAAAUGCUUAAAGCUGGUAUGCAACUGGCCAGAAUGCACUGUAUAUUAGAGGAGUCUGCUUUAAUUGUAUCAAGCAUCGCUCCCAGCUAGAAUUGGACAUUGUUGGCCACGUAGCCCCUCGUAAGACUGUCAUACAAUAUGAAGCGCUUUCCUCUGUACUUUUAUUUCCUAGAAAGACUAGUGUAGUCCUUGAAAUGUGAUGAUUCUUUUUCUACAGUUAUUUAGCAAUUGAGAAAAAAAGAACCUGUGACCAGAUCUGCCUGUUAUGUUAAGUGAAAUUAAGUCAAUUCAUCAUUAAGUUGCCUAUAACUUAAAGUAAUUUAAAAUUGUACAUGUUAAUUUAUUCUAAUGCUUGAUUCUUGCGUUUUACUGGUAAUAUUAUCUUCAAGAUAACAGAGAAAUCUAUUAAUUUAUUCCAAUCACUUGUAUUUGUAAGAUGAGCUGUUUAUGUUACUGAAUUGUCUUUUUAUUUUCCUUUUUUUUUUUUUUUUUUUUUUUAAAGAACGUAAUGGGUAUUGCUAAAAGCACGUUUGAGAAACGAGGCACCUGUAUUAGACUGCACAGUGAUGAAGCAAACUAUCGUCUAGGAUCUGCUUGUUUGCAAAGAAAAUUGUCCACAUUUUAACAGUAUAGAACUACCCUCAACAUCCCAUGUUUUAUAGGGUUGUGACCCUCUCAGGGAUGCAUCAAGUCAUAACUGAUCCUGGUUCCCCUUAAUUUGUUACUCAGACAUACAGUUUUCUCACCACAGGCCCCACUCUUGCAGUAGCCCUACGUUUUGCUGCACUCUUCCCUGUUUAUUGCACACUGACUUGUAAAGUGAGUAAUCUGACAGCUAGUUAGCUGAGGUGCAGCACCACUACAGACUUUUUGUAUACAACUGCUGUAAAGUAGCAUUUAAAAGAUAGUGUCCUGGCGACAGUGUAAAUACAUUUUAGUGUAAACAUCUUUGAGAAAACUUGUAGAUUAUUCUAGAAUUUGUAUUUUUGUAUAGACUUUUGAAUUACUAACUCUCAGAGUUUGGAGCUAAUAUAUCCUUGCAUUCCCCCCUCCCAUCCAGUCACAUUUAUGCAGAAGAGUUUUUUUGCCGUGUUUUAGUUGAAUAGUUCUGCUAGCAGCUGGGCUUUUGUACAGUCUCCCAUAGUAACAAAAUAUAUGUAACACAUAGCCUCCUCCUCAGAGUAUAAUUUAACAGUAUUGUUUCAGAUGGGACACAAUGCAAUGAUGCUAGAGCGACGGGAUUAAGCCCUGUAUACUAGAGUGUAGAGCUACUUGGCCUUACAACGUAACUGUUCUAUGAGCCUCCUUGCCUUGACAGUCUCUGCUUCAGACUUGCCAUUGACAUGCCAACACACUCAUCGUCAUUGAGUCUCAGGCACUCACUUCACUUCCAGCAGCAGAUCACGAUAGGCAGAAGCAUAAAGACAAGAAGCGUGUGGUUUUUCUCAGAAUCUGUACCUUUUUCCAGCUUUCUCUUUGGAGAUUCAAUAAUGGAUAUGCAGCAUUGCUAAAGAAAUAUAAUCAGCUUCAGAUGCAGGUGAUGUGAUUUGACAUCUUUAGGUUUAGGUGGUUUAGGUGGUCAGAAUCUGUACCUUUUUCCAGCUUUCUCUUUGGAGAUUCAAUAAUGGAUAUGCAGCAUUGCUAAAGAAAUAUAAUCAGCUUCAGAUGCAGGUGAUGUGAUUAGACAUCUUUAGGUUUAGGUGGUUUAGGUGGUCAGAAUUUGUACCUUUUUCCAGCUUUCUCUUUGGAGAUUCAAUAAUGGAUAUGCAGCAUUGCUAAAGAAAUAUAAUCAGCUUCAGAUGCAGGUGAUGUGAUUUGACAUCUUUAGGUUUAGGUGGUCAGAAUCUGUACCUUUUUCCAGCUUUCUCUUUGGAGAUUCAGCAAUGGAUAUGCAGCAUUGCUAAAGAAAUAUAAUCAGCUUCAGAUGCAGGUGAUGUGAUUUGACAUCUUUAGGUUUAGGUGGUUUAGGUGGUCAGAAUCUGUACCUUUUUCCAGCUUUCUCUUUGGAGAUUCAAUAAUGGAUAUGCAGCAUUGCUAAAGAAAUAUAAUCAGCUUCAGAUGCAGGUGAUGUGAUUUGACAUUUUUAGGUUUAGGUGGUUCCAAUCAAAACCAAACUUACAUGCAUGUGACCGAUCAUGCCUGGCUUUAUUUUCUCUGCUGUAAUUCAGUAGUGGAGCUUUCCUUCGAUUCGCAGGUGCCAAGAAGGCAGUGAGAUAGGGUUGUGAACAGCUCCAGUCGCACAUUGUCCUCGACCAUUCCACAUAUGCAGUAUUAGAUACCAGGAGUGUCUCUACUUCGCUCCACUGGACUGCAAAAUCGUAAAAGAAUUUACUCACCAUUUCCCUGUUAAGGCAUCGGGUAAAAUUACUGCCAAGAGUCAAGCUCAUACCAUCAAGAUGUAUUCAUGCCAUUGAACACAACUAUGCAAUUUAAGUGUGGCAUUCGCGAGUAUAAAACAGUGAUUCCAAGACGAAAAGAUUAUUUAUUCCUCCCGCCAUUCAUAAAUGAUAUUCUGCUACCAAAUAUGCAGCGGCAACAGUUGCCUUUACAAAUGCAUACAUGUUAAGCAUGCUCGCUGAACUCAAGUAUAUUGCAUUUCAUGUUCCACAUUUGGGGUGGUGUGACUGGACUUUGUAGUGUCCAUUCGAGUAUUGUUUCCCAUGAAUGUUGCACCACAGGUUUACUUUUUACAUGCUGUUUAAAAACCAACUGGAUUUGUUUGAAGAAGUACUUAGUGAAUGAAUGAUUCUGUUUUAAGAAUUGUUUUUUUGGUCAAAAUGUGUGCAGCUUUUUUUCCCCUUUUGUUUUUAUUUUUGAUGUUUUUCAUUUUUGGGCUCACUCCAUUUAUGUAAUCAUCUCAGCCUUUUACAUAUAUGAAUUUGACAUGUGGACAGUCUGUUGGCUCACCUUCACCACUGAAAAAUCGACUUGCAGCUGCAGAUAUUUGUUUUAACCAGUAAAGCAGAGAUUUUCUUUUCCUUUUUGUUAUCUGGACUUGUGGCCCGGGUUUGUCUGUCUGAAGUUUACCAGAAAUGGUAAGCGUCAGUAAAUCAUUGAUGGUGACAUUUGUUUGGAAGCACAUUGUUUGAUCACAAAUGUAAAAACCAGAGUAUUUUUUGGAAAUGGAUAAUUUUCCAAAUGGGCAAUAUUUCAAAGACAAGAGGAAACUUUAUGCUUCCAAAGGAAUGUCUUGACACCCAAAGAGUGAGGAAUUGUUGAGGGUUUGUAUUUUUUAAAGAAUGUAUAAUGUGAAAAUGUUUGCUUAUGCUUGUUUCAUAUAAAAGUAUUAUGAUAAAUAACUUUCUGAAUUGAGAGCAAUAUGAUACUAAUAAAACCUUAUCCUUGUCACUGAAA